UUCGUUAUCUCAACCAUUUUUUUCUUAAAGAAAUACUUCUGCUGCUGUGUUUUCAUUUAAACAGUUAAGUGCGAAGCACCUAUUUUCGGAAGGAAGCAUUUAGAUUUCUAUUCCAUAUUCCUGUUGAGUUGUAAAAUGUUACCCAUCCGGCUAGCUUGCUACGGUCUUCGUUCAGUGGCUGCCAAUUGCAAACGAAUAAAUAUUGGUGCUCUUUCGCAGAUUACUCGAGAAUUUUCCUCGGAUGAACGGCCACAGUUUCCUGGAUCUCGCUCCCAAUGGACUGAAAAGCUGGAGUUUAUUCGUCCUGACCUCUACGAUGGCAUCCCAGUAUACAGAGUAAUGGAUCGGAAAGGAAAAGUCAUAGACCCUAGUCAGGAUCCCCAACUGUCCCAAGAAAUGGUUAUCAAAAUGUACAAAUGCAUGACUCAGCUAAACACCAUGGAUAGGAUUUUGUAUGAAUCUCAACGCCAAGGCCGAAUCUCCUUUUACAUGACAAAUUAUGGUGAAGAAGGGACACACAUUGGAAGUGCAGCUGCUCUAGAUCCCAAGGAUCUCAUAUUUGGGCAGUACAGAGAAGCUGGAACAUUGAUGUGGAGGGGUUUCACUCUAGAUCAGUUCAUGAACCAAUGCUAUGGAAAUAUGGAGGAUGGAGGCAAAGGAAAGCAAAUGCCAGUGCAUUAUGGUUCAAAAGAUCUUAAUUUUGUGACUAUUUCGUCGCCACUUGGUACUCAGAUGCCACAAGCUGUGGGUGCUGCCUACUCUUAUAAAAGGGCCCAGAAUGGUUUGUGUGUAAUGUGCUACUUUGGCGAGGGAACUUCCAGUGAAGGAGAUGCUCAUGCUGCCCUCAACUUUUCUGCAACCCUCGAUUGCCCAGUUAUCUUCUUUUGCCGUAACAACGGAUAUGCCAUCUCUACACCUUCCAAAGAACAAUACCGUGGCGAUGGAAUUGCUGGUCGUGGUCCGGCCUACGGUAUGCUGACUAUUCGUGUUGAUGGUAAUGAUGUCUUUGCCGUUUACAAUGCAACUGCGAAAGCCCGGCAAGUGGCUCUCAACGAGAUGCGACCAGUCCUAAUUGAAGCCAUGACAUAUCGAAUUGGUCAUCACAGCACAUCCGACGACAGCACUGCCUACCGUAGCGUAGACGAAGUCCGUUACUGGGACGAGCGAGACCAUCCCAUUUCUCGCUUGAGAAAUUAUAUGUUGUCAAAGGGUUGGUGGGGAGAUGUUCAGGAGAAAGAAUGGAAAGAGGAUUGCAAACGUCAAGUAAUGACGGCUUUUGCUCGUGCAGAAAAGAAAUUAAAACCCAACUGGAAAGAAAUUUUCACCGAUGUUUACCACGAAAUGCCAUCCCACAUAACGGAACAACUGAAACAGAUGGAAGAGCAUGUACAGAAAUACGCGGAACAUUAUCCGUUGAAGAAUUUUUCGAAAGAUUAAGGUAUUUAGAGGAAAGCUUUUUUGUUGAAAUAUGAUUGAUGUCAUGAAGCAGAAGAAAAAACAUUACUAAUAAUAAUAUAAAUGUGUUGACAGAGAUAUACGGUACACACAGUAA